UGUAUAAUAACAAUUGUGCCGACUAUGUCGCCGUUGAGAUAUGUCACUGCGCUGGCAUCACGCGGAGGGAGAGGGCUUCUCUCUCGCCGCAGUUUCUCUACAUCCGCCGUUAGCAAAGGAAUGAUGGAGAGAUUUCGCAAACUUUCCAAACCAGUUGGAAGACUGACUGCGGGAUAUCUAAUAGCGCAUAGGGAGGAGUUAGUUAAGGAGGAGCUGGAAAAAGAUGUAGAUGAGACGAAAGUAUUGGUGGAGGUCAGGAAUAUGAAGAAACAGAUGCUUGUUCUCUGGGGAUAUUUAUCCUGUGGAAGUAUGGGCUACCUUGCUUGGGAGUCUAUUCAAUUACACAAUGCUCUCGAACAGGCGAGACAGGUGAAGAAGAAGAAGAAGCAGGAGCUGAAGAAUUAAAAUAAGAUAUGUUUGUGUGAUUGAUCUGAAGAAUUUCAAAAUAAGAAAUGUUUGUGUACCUUAUUGUUUCUCUCCAGUAUAAUCAAUUGCCUUUGCUUUU